UCUUCCGCCGGACCAUUCGCCUCAAGCUGGAGUACGAUAAAUGUGAACGACGCUGUAAGAUCCAAAAGAAGAACCGAAACAAGUGCCAAUACUGUCGCUUUCAGAAGUGCCUGUCUGUGGGCAUGUCCCACAACGCCAUUCGGUUUGGGCGAAUGCCCCAGUCGGAGAAGCUGAGGUUGAAGGCGGAGAUCCUAACAGGGGAACGAGAGGUCGCGGACCCUCAGGUGGCCGAUCAGAAAACCCUGGCCAAGCAGAUCUACGAGGCCUACCUGAAGAACUUCAACAUGAACAAAUCCAAAGCACGGACCAUCCUGACGGGCAAGACAAGCACGCCGCCUUUUGUCAUCCACGACAUGGAGACGCUGCAGCUGGCCGAACAGACUCUUGUGGCCAAGAUGGUGGGCUCUUCUGGGGCUCUGCUGAAUAAAGAUGCAGAAGUUCGAAUAUUCCACUGCUGUCAGUGCACUUCGGUCGAGACGGUGACCGAACUGACUGAGUUCGCCAAGUCUGUGCCAGGCUUCUCAAACCUGGAUUUAAAUGACCAGGUGACAUUAUUAAAGUACGGCGUCCAUGAGGCGCUCUUCGCCAUGUUGGCAUCAUGCAUGAAUAAAGACGGUCUGCUGGUGGCGCACGGCAGCGGCUUCAUCACCAGAGAGUUCCUGAAGAGCUUACGACGGCCGUUCAGUCAAAUGAUGGAGCCCAAGUUUCAGUUUGCAAUGAAGUUUAACUCCCUCGAGCUGGACGAUAGUGACCUCGCACUGUUUGUUGCUGCCAUCAUCUGCUGUGGAGAUCGUCCAGGCCUGGUGAACGUCCCGCACAUCGAGCGAAUGCAGGAGAGCAUCGUAAACGUGCUUCAUCUGCACCUCAAGAGCAACCAUCCCGACAACGAGUUCCUCUUCCCCAAACUCCUGCAGAAACUAGUGGACCUGCGGCAGCUGGUGACGGAGCACGCUCAGCUCGUGCAGGAGAUCAAGAAGACAGAAGACACUUCGCUGCAUCCCUUACUGCAGGAGAUUUACAGAGACAUGUACUGAGUCGCCUUUGGCUCAUAAAAACAAGCUCAAAACAAGUCUCCUCGUACAGCUACACUGUGAUCUUUUAUUAAGGGCGUCAUAUGAACCACUAUUUUUGGGAUUACUGGAUGAAAACGCCAGGAACAUCAGGGCUCUUCAUUACCGUCGAGUUAAACAAUGCUUUCUACGGUUAUUGGUUUAGAGAGAAGAGAACAAGACAAUGCAAAUUAAAAUGCAUCCUGUGGUUUUUAAUAUUUUUGGAAAUUUUAUAAAUGUUUACUGGUCCCUUGGGCCAGAAACUGUGAAUAGAAACCCUAAAAUCCAACUUAUUCAUACAGCAAUAUUAUUUCUUUAUAUAGACAUGGUAACUUUUGAUAGUGUAUGCUUUAAACAUGUAGGGUUCACCCAAGUGACUUCGACAUAGAUCUGCUGUAAAUAGUGAAACUGAUCGUUUAAUAAAGCUUCAGGGAUUAUGCUUCAUGGUUCACGUUGUUAUGAACACAAGUGCUCCAGGUUGUGCAGUUUUACAGUAAUCUACUGUUUAAAUGGGCUAAAGGAGCGAGGAAACGCUUAAUAAGUGAAGCCUGUUACUGCAUUUAAACUGCAAGCGUCACACACGAAAAAUAUAGUUGAAAUGCACCGUUGCAAUUCUGCAAUGUUCGUUUUUUGAAGCAAUAUUUGAGCGAACCAUGCUCGCACAGGUGUCUGUUGGGCUUGAUGCAAGUCGAACACAGAUUUGUACUGAAUUUCGAGGUUUGAGCUUCAUUCUGUGUAGAGUUUGCAUGCUCUUCCCAAUGUAAAUUUUGUUUAUUGACAAUAACAGUUCUCAGAGAGCCCUUUCUGAUAAACAUUUUAUACUAUAUAUCCAUUCUUAAAGGAAAUAUUCAGUGCAGUGUCCCAGAAAUCAAUGCACGCAAAUGCAUUUGCACUGCAGCGAUGCACUGCUGUUCACACGCUGCAGAUGCAACGUGUAGCAAUCAGCAAUCUGUCACUCUUCUCCGUUCUUGAUGUUUCCUCAGAACCACAGUGCCUAGUCUCAAAUCUUGGAGAAAAACAUCUUAUUGUUUUUUAAUUCCCUAUAUAAACCAGGAACAGAAGCUAAUUAACGUAAAAUCUAUGUGCAGUUAUCUACGUUAAAAAGUUGUUGCGUAAGGGCCGUUCACACAGAACUCAUUUCUUUUUGCAUUAUACUGUGAUGCUUUUCUGUUAUUUUCCGAUGUAAUCAUGCGCUAGACAGACAUGUUUGACCACUGUACUCGCAUGUUUUACAGCUACUCUCUCAUGAAACUGCACUCAUGUUAAAACAAUGUUUUGAGACCUUUCGUUUUUGUUUUUUUCCUAUUCUACUGCACCGUGUCUCACAUUUAUAACUCAAAAACCUACUCAGUGAACCGGCCUUAAGAGUGUAAUAAUAUAGGG